AUGAUAGCACGAGGCGAUAUAUUUGGUCCCGAGCAGGUUUGUUUUUUGGCUUCAAUAUGCCAGCCUGUUGUUCUAAAACUUUUAGAAAUAACUCCUGCACUCAAUUUACUAGAUGGAAUCGAUCUUGAGCUUCAGGAUUGCGCCUUCCCUCUUCUUGCUGGUCUUGUAAAGACUGAUGAUCCUUUAGUGGCCUUUAAGGAUGCCGAUUGCGCCAUUCUAGUUGGUGCGAUGCCAAGAAAAGAGGGAAUGGAGAGGAAAGAUUUAUUAAAGGCUAACGUAAAAAUAUUUAAAGAACAAGGAAUUGCUCUAGACAAGGUAGCGAAGAAGACUGUCAAAGUCCUUGUUGUGGGAAAUCCUGCCAAUACGAAUUGCCUUAUUUGUUCGCAUUUCGCACCUUCGAUUCCGAAGGAGAAUUUCAGCGCUCUUACUCGCUUAGAUCAUAACAGAGCUUUAGCCCAGGUUUCUCGCAAGUUGAAUAUCCCUAUAACUGACGUUCGUAAUGUUAUUAUUUGGGGAAAUCACAGUGUUACCCAGUUUCCUGACGUUGCGCAUGCUACUGUGAAAAUUGGUCAUUUAGAUGAAGGUGCAGUUAAGGCUAUAGCUGAUGACAACUGGAUUAAGAAGGAAUUCUUGAUUACGGUGCAGAAGCGAGGCGGUGUUGUUCUGGCUGCUCGGAAGUCUAGUAGCGCAAUGUCUGCAGCUAAAGCUGCCGUAGAUCAUAUGCGUAGUUGGUGGUCUGGAACUCCUGAGGUAAUUUGGUCCUAUAUAAUUGUUCUCUAUUUUACGACCUCGAAUUAA